AUGUCUUUCUUUCGCGACUCUAACCGUUCUACCCCUCGUUCAGCUUCUACCCCUUCUCUACCUGAACGGCGCCCAGAAUACGUCUUGGAUGUAGAUCGCCACACAGUCACGGGCCGUCCUUUAAGCGUCUCCUUUGAGUACAUUAUCACCCCGCUCGAGAAAUCCCAGUUCGAUGACAACACCUUGUUACGUACCUUGGCAUCUAUCAUGCGCCACGAGAUCGUUCGGGCUGUCACCACCUGGCGUUCCGACUUGACGGUGGACCACAUCAAUGCUACAGCUAUGGGAUACAUGCAAGGGUCUACAUUGGAUGGCUCGCUCACCGUCAAUCAAGACCCCAUCCGUGUGGGUGCUCUUGACGUGGCUUACUUUAACAACUUUUUGAACAUCUUGGAAAACGUUUACCAAGCGGACGUGGGUAUAUCCGACAUUCAAUGGACUUACAUCUUGGACCCCAACGCAAUGAUCCACGGGAGUGGGGGGAAAUGUAUCAAACCUCCUUUUAAGAUGGAUACUGACAGGGGCGUCGGUCGUACGUGGCUCCAACAUACAUUGGAAGACGGCACACCUAUAAACUGUGCUGCGUACGCUCUACACAUGUUGUUGGAAUGGGAUCGUAAACACUACCGCAGUAAAGCAAACAUGCUCAGUUUCAAUCGUGGGGCGUACACUUUACAGCGCGAACUCGGUUUUGAUGAUGAAGUCACUCUUGAGCAAGUCGGCCGCAUCGUCGAACUCGAACGUUUUACAACGUACCGCCUCACUAUCCUGAUGAACAGCCACCACCAAAAGGUGUUUCGUCAGCAUACGUAUGCCGGUAAAGAUUUCGUUUUCGACCACGACGACAUUUCCAAAUGCCUCUACCUCGCUAUGGACGUGAACCAAACCCAUUUCGCUGCCGUCCGUUCUCCACAAGAGUUAUUACUAAAAAGUCGAAAUCAACGAAAUUACACGUUUUGUCACGCCUGUGUCGAGUUGUUCCUGCAAACUACCCCCCACUCCGCCUGUGUGGCGCCGCGCCCUAUCAAUACAGUCACUGCCGAUAUGCGCCCAACUAAACGCCCCAAGACGAUGAAAAAGUGUAGAGAAUGUGGAGAGUACGGCGAACACGAUUGUCCUAAUAAACGUUGUAAAGUGUGCCGUGUCCCAUACGCCAAGACAUCUCUUCAUCGGUGUAUCUUGUUGAAAGACCCUGAACGCCCAUCGUCCAUGGUGUUUGAAGGAUCGUCUGAAGAAAUCGACCAAGACCAAACAGUGGAAGAUUUCGUUUCCAGUGAAGCUGUCGAUGAAGACGAUUCCCCUAAAACUUACAAAUUAUGGGCCUACGACAUUGAAAGCCGGAUGCAGAUCGUUGAGGACAAAUACACGUUGGUGAUGGAAUCUGACGUAGACCAUCCCGAUCAUUUUGCUCGUCAUGACGAUGGAACAGUUGUGACACGGUGGGAAAAGAUUCAUCAACAUGUUCCGAACUUGGUCGUCUUCAAAAACGUUUUCGAGGGGGAGGUCGAAACAUACUUUGGCGACGAUUGCCUCAAACGGUUUUUGCGGCGCAUGUUUAGUGACAAUUCAGCGCGCCAUAUCAUCAUUGCUCACAAUGCCAGUGGGUACGAUUCACGAUUUCUCUAUGAAGAAGCGUGUAAAGAAUUCGGCCACGAUUCGCCCAUCAAACCCAUCAUGCGUGGAAACAAGAUCGUUCAUUUCACGUUAGGGUGGUGCACCUUCAUCGAUUCGAUGCUUCAUUUACAAGGAUCUCUCAAAAGUCUUGCUAUCGAUUUCCUCGGGGCCGAUUGUGGUAUGCGGAAAGGAUAUUUUCCCCAUUUAUUCAAUUCCAUCGAGAACUACAAUCAUACCGAAGGGAUUCCAGAUAAAAAAUAUUUUGAUUUACCCUACACUGUAUUGAAACAAGCCGAUUUGGAUGCUUUCAACACAUGGUACGACGCCCAACUCGGUAAACCUUGGAACUUUAUGGAGGAACUUGUUGCGUACUGUGUCAAUGAUGUUGAGAUCUUGGCGCGUGUCGUUGAACAGUAUCACACUAUCCUGAGUGGGAAAUUCGGGAUGAGCCCUUGGUUCAACCCGACGGCUCCAGGGUACAUCCACGAGGUGUCCGUACGCAAACUCUGCGCUGACAUUACACUACCUGACCCGAAAACAGACCAAGGGUUGUUCAUGCGCGAGAUUCAACGUUUGGCACAAACUGAGUUCUGGGCUGUGUUGACCUAUUCCGAGUACUGGUUCGCUCGUAAGGCUCUGCGAGGGGGUCGAACAGACGCAAGGAAAGUGUACCACCACAUCAGCGACGAAGACUGGAAUCGUGGUGUGAGGAUUCGAUAUGUGGAUAUUGUGUCCAUGUAUCCAUACGUCCAGGUGGCGAAUGACUACCCUGUGGGGUACCCUACCAUCCACGUAUAUGACGAUCGGUAUUUUCCGUGCUACGAACAUCCUGAAACCAUACCGUGUGAAGACUGUUCAAUCAACGUUAAACGACGCCGUGUAGAUCGUAAACUUGCCUUGGACUAUGCUCCGAAUGCAUCACCUUCCAUCGAUGUGUUGAUGGCUGAUGAAACGUUUUUCGGGUUUGUCGCUGCUAAAGUCAAGGUUCCUAACAUGUACCACCCGGUUCUACCUAUUUUCAACCCAGACACGGUCAAAUGUACAUUCCCCUGCGGCAUGGUCGAGGGUAUCUUCACAUCGGUGGAAUUCAAACGCGCCAUCGAAGUAGGUUGUGAAUUGGUAGAGCUGUACCGCUACGACCAGUACACCAAACGACCGAGUCUGUGGGGUCCCCUACUAAAAGAUUUGUUCGUUGAAAAAAUGGCGAGCUCAAAGAACACUCCUUCCCUCGCAGAGCAAGCCCGUCUGGUUGCAUCCUACGAACGGUCGUUCGGGAUGGGCGAGAUGGUGCAGGAGAGUUUUGAUAGGUGGAAGAACCAGCCGGCGUACAAAAAGACAUUCAAAAUCAUGUUGAAUUCUGCAUGGGGCAAACAUGCUGAGAACCCCAACUUACCUAUGGUGCAUGUGUUGGCCGAUGGACCUGUCGACGACGCCGAACGGGCUCUUUUCAACAAUAUUUCCACCAACAAUUACCAUUUCAAAGGGUACACCCGUAUUGGCUCACGGAGCGUGAUCAAGACGACUCGUAACACUGGCACUGUCCGCGUCAAUCUCCAUAAAGGCUACUUGCCUGCUGCUUGCUUUGUCCCUGCUUACGGUAGAUUGAUGUUACAUGAACACCUUCACAAGCUCGGUGAUCGUGUGUUGAUGCAUGAUACUGACUCGAUCGUUUACAUCUACGACCCAGAUGCAGACUACAAUAUCCCUGAAGGCGAUCUGUGGGGCGAAUGGGCCCGUGAAGAUCUAGACACCCAACAUGGGGGGAUCCGGACUGCUGUCUGUAUGGGGCCUAAAACAUACGGAUUGCGUGCGGCCGACGGCGAGACGGUCGUCAAAUGUAAGGGGCUUUCCAUCAAACGCGCCACAUCUGCCCUUGUCAAUUUCGAUAUCAUGGUCGAUCUUGUGCUGGAACAUCUUCAAGAUCCAGCGUCCGAGGCUUCUGUCGUUGGUGUGCCACAGUUCACGUUUGUGUACAAACCGGGCUCAGGGGUGUUCACAAAGUACUUUCUCAAGAAUUUUGCCUUUAAACCUAAAGACAUGAAAGGAACAUUGGAUGUGACUACGGGGCGUCUCUUUCCUAUAGGGUGGCAAGGGCCUAUGAUUAUUUAAACCUUUUCUGUACUUCUACACAGACAUGUUCAUUGUAAUCUUAGGGUGCGGUUCGUACCCCACCAAAUUCAACCGUUCC